UGACAGUGACAUUGGGGUGUCAACUUGUCAUAUUUGAAAAUAUGAAACUGAAACCGUUUGUUUUGAAGUUUGAAAUUGUCACUACAAAAUCAUGUCCGAUAAAAAAAUGGAGAAAAAACCAAGUAGAACUUCCAUAUUAAAACCAAGAAAAAGUAUAAACCAGUCUGACUUGAAUGAUUCUAAUUCUGAAGUUCCUGCCAGAGAUGCUAGACGAGUUAGUUUUGCAAGUAGUAAUUUUGUCAAGCCAUUUGCUGCCGAUCCCGAGAAAAAUACUAUUUGGGAUAAUACAUAUGAAGAAGAGGUGAAUCAUACAGAUUCAACCAGUGAAACUAAAGGAUUUUUGGAUAAACAUUCUGUAAAUGCUCUUACGUUUAAUGAUGGGAAUGAGGAAAUUAAAGCAGAGCCAUUUUUUAUAGGGCAACAAAAUACUUCAGUUAGAUCUCUGAGUAUAAACACUACAAACAUUGAUGAAUUCAACAAAGAAAAUUAUGUUCCGGUAAUACUGAAGAACCCAUUUGUCGCAGAGGGUAGUAUACAUGUUCAUGACAGUAUGUUUAAAACAGAAAUGAAGACUUCAAAAAUUCAAUUUACAGAUUUAGACAGUAUACAAACUCAAAAUCAGGAAAAUACUAUGGAACUGACGUGUAUGUCUAGUAUUUUACCAAAUAAUAAUAUUUCUGUUGAAAAUACAACGCAAGACAUGGAACUUACAGAUAUUUCGUUAAAACUCACAGAUUUUGCACCAACUUCAAAUUUAUUUUAUACACAGACAGUAAAAAGAUUUGAAUCUGAUCUGAACAAAGAAAACAUUGUUGAUUUUAAUAUUCCUAUAAUUGCAGAUAAUAAUUUAACAAAUGUUUUACCAACAACCAACAAUACUCAAAAGGUUCCAGAUUUUUUUCAAAACCCAGAAUUAUUUCGAAAAAAUAAGAUCCAAGAAUUAGAAAUUACAAUAGUAGAUCAGACCAAUACUGUAGCCUGUCCAGAUAUGCAACUCACCUGUACCCAUUCAAAAGAAGAUAACAAUAUUCCUGAAAAAGAUUUUAAUAAUUCAGAAAUUAGUAUGGAAAUAACCUCUGACAUACUCGUAGAUGAGAGUAAAAAUGUAAGUAUGAUAAAUGUCGAAAAUUCAGGAGCAACCAUGCAACUCACACAAAUAGUUUCUACAAAUAAUAACGGUCACAUUUUGGAGAGAUCCUUAGGAAAUCGAGAAGUAAAUGAUACAAAAAAAGAUAAUGAUACCAGCUCUAUGGAUAAAAGAUCUGUAUAUGCUGGUGGGAAUUGUGAAAAAUCUUCUGAAAAUACUACCAAAAACAAUAUUGACACCAGUAUGAAAUUUACAUGCGUUUUUCCACCCAUUGGCCAACUAAUUUCAAGUAAUAUAAAUGAUAUAAAAACAGAUAUGGAUAACAGUAUGCAGAUGACUUGUGUUCAUCCAGAUACCAGCAAAAUCAUUAAAAAAUUUGCUGAUAUGGGUAAUCAAAAAUCUUCUGAUAGUAUUACCAGUAAGAAUACUGACAGCAGUAUGCAAUUUACUUGCGUUUUUCCAAACCCUAGUCGAAUAAUUUCAAAUAAUGUAAAUGAUACAAAAACAGAUAUAGACAACAGUAUGCAUAUGACUUGUAUUCAUCCAGAUACUAGCCAAAUCAUUAAAAAUUUUGCUGAUGUGGGCAAUGAAAAGGGUUCUGAGAGUAUUACCAGUAAGAAUAUUGACCCUAGUAUGCAAUUUACUUGCGUUUUUCCAAACACUGGUCAAAUAAUUUCAAAUAAUAUAAAUGAUACAAAAACAGAUAUAGACAACAGUAUGCAGAUGACUUGUAUUCAUUCAGAUACUAGCCAAAUCAUUAAAAAUUUUGCUGAUGUGGGUAAUGAAAAGGAUUCUGAGAGUAUUACCAGUAAGAAUAUUGACACCAGUAUGCCAUUUACUUGCGUUUUUCCAAACCCUGAUCAAAUAAUUUCAAAUAAAAUAAAAGAUACAAAAACAGAUAUGGAUAACAAUAUGCAGAUGACUUGUAUUCAUCCAGAUACUAGCCAAAUCAUUGAAAAUUUUGCUGAUGUGGGCAAUGAAAAGGGUUCUGAGAGUAUUACCAGUAAGAAUAUUGACACCAGUAUGCAAUUUACUUGCGUUUUUCCAAACCCUGAUCAAAUAAUUUCAAAUAAAAUAAAAGAUACAAAAACUGAGAUGGAUAACAAUAUGCAGAUGACUUGUAUUCAUCCAGACACUAGCCAAAUCAUUGAAAAUUUUGCUGAUGUGGGCAAUGAAAAGGGUUCUGAGAGUAUUACCAGUAAGAAUAUUGACACUAGUAUGCAAUUUACUUGCGUUUUUCCAAACCCUGAUCAAAUAAUUUCAAAUAAAAUAAAAGAUACAAAAACAGAGAUGGAUAACAAUAUGCAGAUGACUUGUAUUCAUUCAGAUACUAGCCAAAUCAUUAAAAAUUUUGUUGAUGUGGGAAAUGAAAAGGGUUCUGAGAGUAUUACCAAUAAGAAUAUUGACACCAGUAUGCAAUUUACAUGCGUUUUUCCAACCAGUGGCCAAUCAAAUAUAAAUGGUACAGAUAAGGAUAAUAGUAUGCAGAUGACAUGUACUGAUCCAAAUACUAGUAAAAUAAAUGAAAAUUUUGCUGAUAUGGGUAGUGAGGGUAAUACCAAUAAGAAUCUUGACACCAGUAUGCAGUUUCCGCCCACUGAUCAAAUAAUGUCAAAUAAUAUACAUGAUAUUAGACAAGCUAGUAUGAAGCUAGAAGAAAUAGUUCCAAAUAAUGUACAUCAUAGUAACAGGGAUAUUGAUACUAGUGUGCAGAUUAGUUGUCAAUUCCCAGAAUCCAACAAAAGUGUUAAAACAUCUUCAAAUAAAAACAUCAUCACUAAAACUUCCGAAGAAAAUACCAAUAAGAGUUUUGGCACCAGUAUGCAGUUAACCUGUGUGUUCCCACAACCCGAAGACGACAUCUUAGUUAAUUACAAAUCUUAUAGUGGAACUGUAAAUUGUGAAAAUUCAAAUAUACAAUUAACCAAUGAAAUUGUAUGUAAGGAUGCUGUAAACACAGACACAUCUAUGGUUAGCAAGAGAAAUAUUAAUGGAACAUUGUGUGAUAUAACUAUAGAUAAAACAGCUGGCGUACAUGCAACAGUGUGUGAUAUGAGUAUUGAUGAGACACACAAUUUAGAAGAUAUUGCAGUCACUUAUGUCAUACCCAAUGAUGGUACCAACCAGAAAAUAACAGAUAAUCUUAGUAAAAAUUUGUGCAACAUGAGUAUUGAUGAAACACAUAAUUUAGAAGGUAUGGCAGUCACUUAUGUUGUACCCAAUGAUGGUACCAAUCAGAAAAUAAGAGGUAAUCCUAUUAAAAAUGAGUGCAACAUGAGUAUUGAUGAAACACAUCAUUUAGAAGCUAUAGCAAUCACUUAUGUCGUACCCAAUGAUGGUACCGACCAGAAAAUAAUAGAUAAUCCCAGUAAAAAUGCAACGAUCGAAAAUGGUACAAAUAUUUCAGACAGAGUGGAUAAUAUUAAACCAUAUGAACAAGCAAAAGAUGAAGAAUAUUUGGUACCUAUUAAAAAAACUAAAUUUGCAGAUACACUGCAACAUAUUGCUUAUACUGACCAAGAACAUACAGGAGUUGAUGAAUAUAAGAGAAAAACUCAAGAAAAAUCUUUAGAAGGUGGAGCAAUAUCUAAAACCCAGAUUAAAAAGUCUUGUGAAGAAGAUAAUAUGCGUAGUGAACACAAAAUAUUUCCCCUAGAAAAUGAUGAAGAUUCUAAAAUGCGUCUUAAAGAGAACAAACACAGUUUCGCUGGCAAAAUCCAAGAAAAUCCUACGGUGUCAAAAAUACUAACUAGAUCUCGAGAACAGUUCCUUAAAUUUCGUGAGGAAUUUAACUCGGCCAAACAGAAACAGGAUAAUACAACCACUAACUUAGCGGAAAUUAAAGACAGACCAGUACUUAUUCAUAGCAACGAAGAAGAUAUUGACAAAACUCCAGUAGAGAUGCCGACAUAUGCUCAAAGUAAAAAUCUUCAGUUGUGUGAAGAUUUUAAUAUAAAGAAACGUGUAGAGUUAGAGUAUAAUGUUGCCGAACACCAAACCAGCGCAGGUAUCUUUAAGAGUCCGGUUCCUACAUGUGACGAUCCGCUUGUAUCGUCACAUGUACUAACCAGAUCUAAGCAUGCAUUGCUACAACCUGGCGAAGAUUAUAAUUUAAAAACAAGCAAAAUAAAUAAUAAAAUGAAUAUCCUGGAAGAAGAUACAGAACUAAAAUUGACAACUUCAGGAAUUGUAACUAGAUCAAGAAAUAAAGUAUUGAAAUCGUGUGAUGAUCUUAAACCGAAACAUCAUGAAGACCACGAUAAAAAUAAUGAUAAUGCAAAUAUAAGCAAAGAUUCUAGUUGUAUUCAAUAUCCAAGGGGUGAUCAUGUGUCAUUGUCCGAUAAUAACUCAAUGGACGAGAGUUUUAAAACUAACGAGGCAAGAUUAACAAGCCCUACAAAUAAAGGAUUUCCUUCAAUUGUAGAAAGUAGAUUAAAAACCACAGAUAAAAGUGAAAUAAAUGCAGGACAUCUAUUGAUCCCUAGAAUACAAGAAGAGUUUGGUCCCAAUGAUACAACUUUAACAGUAUAUGAUUCAUCUUCGCUCAAAGAGUCCUCGGUGACUUCAAAUGAUUAUCAAAAUAGUCAGGAAGCAAAAUCUACCAACAGCCAACUAAGCAAUAAUCUUCUGGAUUGCGCCAGCAAUGCUGGUAAGCCAGCUUUUUCAUUUGACAUUGGUCGUAGCAGUACUUUAGUAAAUAGAACUGUUAUCAAUGAUGAUGAUGAAAUAGUCGACACUUGUAACCUCAAGAAAGAAAAGAUAAUGAGACUAAAUUCCGAUGUUUUACGAAUGGACGAUGCAUCUUCAUCAUUCGCUUUGAUGUUAAGUAAUAGCCCUUAUCCUGAAUAUCCAGGAAAAAAGAUUUAUUCCACACGCACUAGACCUCUACUUGGCGUAAAAAGAGAUGACAGCACUACCGAAGAGUAUUCCAAAUAUGAAAUAAAUCCAGUGCUAACAAACGAAGAAAGAAAAGAAUCAGUAAUUGCUAAUAUAGAGGUGGAACCAACUACACAUUUAAAUAACACUCCCAAAAACCAGAGCUUGCUUUUGUGCGACACUAGCCCGGUAAUCGUGGAUAUGACUAUUGAUGAUGAAUAUAUUCAAGAGACUGACAAAUCAAAAAUAGAUACACUUAAAACACGUCUUUCAAACUCUUUCAAUCAACACCCUUCAGAAUACAGUAUUUCUUUGGCAAAACUUUUAGAUGAGUAUCAGCAGUGCUUAACUCUGCCAAAUAUAGAAAUUCCGGAAACUGACAACGAUUUAAUCAUAAAAUUUGAUAGCGUUUCAAAGAAAACGGAACAAUUAUUAAAAAAUUUAAAUUUUUACAAACGAGAUGUUGUAGAUUUAGAAGAAUUGGACAAAUUAGAAAACUUUGGAAGCUCUAGUACCAGCAGGUUUAGCGAGGAAAUGUUAAGUGCAGACUGUGUAAGUAAUAACACUGGAGAAGAUACCGGAUGGGGUGAUAUGACAGUCUCUAAAAGUUUAGAAGAUAAAAUAAAAGAAGCAGCUUCAAGAUCUGACAGGUAUUGGGAAUAUGUAAAAGCAGAUGAUGAGUUUUACUAUUUUUAUACAUAUUAUAGAGUAGUUCCAUUUAAAGUGAAAGUGCAUCCAGAUUCAGGAAUUGUGGAUAAAAUUUAUACUUAUACUAAUUUAAUAGAUAAUCCCGAACCACUUUUCUGCUACAACUCGAAAUUUUUGCUGGAAAAAUUGAAAAACGAAAACUUGCUACUAGCCCUCGGUGGAAAAUUUGAUCUCGUCACUUUACUUGAUUAUAUUUCUAUUUGCAUGGAAGAAAUAAUAGAUUUUUCCACGGAAUUUAAUAAGUUAAAAGUGGAAUAUGGCCCAACUCACAAGUUCAGAAUGAAUUCUGAUUCAAGUGUUUGUGUCGAAGUAGUACAUAUUAAGUACGUCAUAUGGUGGGUCAUUACUAUAGAACUUUCAAUACAUAAUUUAGGAAGUAUAGACCAUAUUACAGCAAAACAGAUUUAUGAAGAAAUCGACGAAAAGCAGAUUCAGAGUCUAGGGAAAAAUUUUUCUGGUUCUUUGCAGCUCAGAAAUUUCAUUAUAAACUUAGAUCAGCAUGUGGAAAAAGUAGGCAAAAGAGUUUUAGCUUAUAGGCAGAAUGAAUUACUUACGUAAAUUUUUUAAUAAAUAAAAACUGUUAGGUGUUAAAAAUUGUAAAUGGAUAAUGAUAGAAGGCCCACGAGAAAAGAAAAAGUACAGUGUUUGUAUAUAUAAAAUAUUCUGUUAACUGUACUAUAUUUUGUUGAGUGAUCAAAAGUAUACAGAUAUAUAAAAAUGAAUUUCUUAUUUUGUAAGAAGAAAUAUUACUUUAGAGUAUGUUUGUCAUAUGAUAUAAUGAUUGUUCAUAUAAUAUGUUUAUAAAAAAUCGGUGGCAGAGAAUAACAUGGAAUUAUUUUCUAAAUGAAAGAAACUAAAGCUAAAGAACUAAACUGAAAGACUUGUGUUAAUCUAUGACUUUAUUUAACAUUCUCUUUCUAAUAUCUUCAAUCUCUUGAUUCUCUACCAAAAUAAUAAUCAUAAAAUAAGAAACCAUUUUAAAAUCGUAUUAUUUGUAUAGAAAUAAGAAUUAUGAGACAAAUUGCUGAACAGGUCUGACUUAGUGAACCAGGUCAAAUUCGAUUUGCUUAUCACUAUCAUAAAACUCGGAAAUAAUAAAAACAAUAUUUUAACAACCUUUUUCCCGUGGACCUUCAGUGAUAAAUAUAUAUAUUUAUUUUACAGAA